UUGCCGAAUUGUUUACGAACUGAUGCAAUCUAUUAAAGGAGAAGCUAGUGGAAAUCUACAUACACUUGACUAUUUUUAUGGGGAAUAUUGGUUUGACAAUAGAAUGGAGGCAACAUCGAAAUAUGCGCCAGUUUCAGAUUAUCCAUGGACACCAGAGGAGAUUUCUGCUGAAAAAGGGGAUGUUAUAGGUAGAAUAAAUAUAAAUUUGUUACAUAAUACAUAG